AUGUCUUUCUCGAACCACCCUCUCCAAAUUCAACAUGGUGAACACCCUAUCGGGGAUGGCCUGAACAGCUUUCGUGCCACGUUCACCUCGAUCUGUGAAGACGCGGACUUGCGCUCACCAGAUGAGGCCAUCGAUCGGCUUAAGCGGGAGGCCUACUUCCAUAGCGGCCUUAAAGACUCCAUCCUCGAUAGCCAUCUUCAAAAUCCUAUUCUCUCAGUAGACCGACACGCGCAGAAAAGCUAUAAAACUUAG